CAGAUGGCAUAAAAACAACAGACCAUCACACGCACGCAAAUUAUCUUGUCAUAUCACGACUGAGUAAACGUUUUGAGCGGUAAAUGUUUCAAAAUGAGUGGAAAACCUGUAAUUCACAUCGACGUAGUGAGUGACGUCAUAUGUCCAUGGUGUUGGGUCGGGAAACGGAGACUUGAAACUGCUAUAAAUCAAAACAAAGAUAAAUAUGACUUUGUCGUUCGUUGGGAGCCUUUUCUACUCCGACCAGGAACCCCGGAGGAUGGCACCCCUAAGCCACCUGGAUUCCCUAGUGCCAGUGCGCUUCAGCGCAUUCAGGAAGCCGGGAAGGCUGUAGGCAUUGACUUUACUCUAAAGAGUGACAGAAUACCGAGAACAGUUCUUGCUCAUACUCUCCUGGAGUUUGCGAAGGAGACGGAAGGAGGCAACAAACAGAAUGAUCUCCAGGAGGCCAUCUUUAAGGGGUUCUUUACUGAUGGUCUUUUACCAGAUGAAGAAACCCUUUUGAUGUUUGCUCAAGCUGUGGGUCUAGAUACCGAGAAGGCUAGAACCUUCAUCCGAGAUGACGCUCAUCAGAAAGAGACGUUCAACAGAGCGGUCAACUGGUCACAGCGAGGGGUGACAGGCGUUCCGAUGUUCUUCAUGAAUGGACAUGCGACAUUCUCAGGAGCUCAGGAUGUCGAUAUUUUCAGUCAAGCUUUUGACCAUGCAGUGACCAAGAAUUCAACGCAGAAAUCUGAGCUCCCUGCAAAUAUGUAGACAGCUUUUUUUCUAGUUUCUUAAUUUCAAUUUCAAAACCAUUUAUUUAUCCAUAAAUGAAAUGACACUAUGUUUGGUCAGCUUAAUAUUAAAAAGUCUAUAAAUUCUCGUUGCACCAAGGUUUAAGCCAGAAUUUGACAAAUUAAUGGUGUCAAAAUUUGCUAGAAAUUUAAAGAACUGGGUGUCUAAAUUGUUCACUUACAUUACAAUACAUUUACAUAUAAAUGACAGAUAAAACAGUGUGUCCAACAAAAGACACCCAGACACUUGUCAUUGUCUGGCUAACACUAUGCCACCAUUAAAUUAAUAACUGUAAAAAAAAAAAA